UUGGAAGAUGAAAGAACCGUUUCUGAAAAUAAUAUCAAAAAAGAGUCUGUAAGCGUUGUUGCAUUAAGAGGAGGUUUUGAUCUUAAUCACAUUCAGUAUUUAACCAAAUCUACGAUAGUAAAACCUUGGAGCGAUAAUGCUCCUUGGAGAAUCGUAGUAGGUGGUCUCAAUCUUGAAGGAUAUUGUAAAAACAAGCUCUGUGAAGCUUACGACAAAGGUCGAGUAAUCAUCAAGUGGGGUUACCUCGACUUUGAUGUUCUCCGUGAUGAACAUAGAGCAAAAUGCCCACUUUGUAAUCAAUACGUUGAACCUAUUACCAUUGGAUUCACUGAUACCUUGUGGAAAUACCAAGGUUUAAAGAAGAUGAAUGGUAAACCCCCAAAGGAGAUUGAUGGUGAUUGGGAGUCUACAAAUGACAAUGAAUACACCACUUUGGAAAGCGAGGAGUUAGAAGGUGGUACGAUGCAAAAUUAUUUUAAGCUUCUGCGAAUUUUCAACUUGCAUAUUUGGAACCAAAAAAUGCAAAUCUUUGUAAAGACACUUAAUAGUACUUAUACUCUCGAAGUUGAUAGUCAUGACACCAUCUUUAUUGUCAAGGAAAAACUCCAGGAUAAACAAGGGAUUCCCCCUGACCAACAAAAAUUCAUAUUUGCUGGUAUAGAAUUGGAAGACCAAAGAACUUUAUUUGACUACAAUAUCCAACGAGAGUCUUCUAUCAAUUCAAUUAGAAAGUUGCGUGGAGGAGGAUGUUUUAAUCUUAAUCUUUUUCAAGAUCUAACUAAACCUACAAUGGUAAGACCUUGGAACUAUGAUGCCCCUUCUUGGAGGAUCGCAGUGGGUGGUCUCAAUCUUGAAGGAUACUGUAAAAACAAGCUCUGUGAAGCUUAUAAUAACGGUCCGGUAAUCAUCCAGUGGGGUUACCUCGACUUUAAUUUUUUCCAAGAUGAACAUAAAUCAAAGUGCCCGCUCUGUAAUAAAUACGUUGCGCCCAUUACCGUUGGAUUCAGAGAUACCAUGUGGAAAUACCAAGGUUUAAAGAAGGUGAAUGGUCAACCCCCAGAAAAGGUAGAUUCCGAUUGGAUGUAUGCUAAUGAUGAUGGAUACACCACUUUUGAAAGUGAUGAUCUGGUAUCAUGGAUGGAUUUAAUAAUCCGAGUGAAAAGGAGGGAAACUUCAGAUAUUAUCCUCCGUGAAGUGCUAAUUGAACGAUCCAAUUUAGAUUCUGACAAUUAA